AUGAAUCCUUUAACUGUAAAACGCGGAGGACUGCGUUCUUCCUUUACCAAGACUGUUAAUGUUUUGAAAAGCGAAAUUGGUAAGGAUGAUUUUUCAGCAGGUAUAAUUAAAGAUAAAUUUACAAAGUUGCAAGUGUUACAGAAAGAUAUUGAGGAACUUAAGGAGCAGAUUUUGAAUUCUAUAAUUUCGACUUAUGUAACGCCUGAAAAAGUUAACAAUGAAAUGGAAAGCUGGGAUACUUAUAAGGAUGAAUUUAUUAUGAUUUCUCGCUUAGUUAGUGAGAAGUUAGGUGCCUUAGAACAGAUAAAUUUAGAAACUAGGUCGCAAGGUAGUGUUUCUAGUAAUUCACCUCGUAAUACUAGAUCGUUAAAGCUCCCGAAAAUAGAGCUUAAGAAGUUCGAUGGAGAAUUAUUGAACUGGCUUCCGUUUUGGUCUCAGUUCGAAAAAAUACACGAGGACCCUGAUUUGCACGAAAAUGACAAAUUUCAGUAUCUUGUGCAAAGCAGGAAACAAGGGACGCGCGCUAAAGACUUUAUUGGCAGUUACCCAAUGUCUGCGAAAAAUUAUUCAAAAGCUAUUAGUGCUCUUAAGGAACAUUUUGGGAAUCAGGAUUUAUUAAUUGAGGUAUACGUGAGAGAGCUUGUAAAGUUGAUUGUAACGAAUGUUAAGACAGGCAGUAGUGAAAAAUUACCAUUGCCGCAAUUAUUUGAUAAGAUUGAAGCACAACUAAGAGCUCUCGAAUCCUUAGAUAUUAAAAUGGAAAGCAAUGCUUGUUGGUUAUAUCCCAUGGUAGAAUCAUGCCUCUCGGAGGAAGUCCUCAGAGCCUGGCAAAGAAGUCCGCUUUUUGGAGAAAUAAAGGAAAGUCAGAAUAUUUCUCGCCUAACUAAUUUUAAGAAAAUUUUUAAGGUGCGAAGUGGAAGGGGAGGAAAGACUUAA